CGUGGAAGUUUAAUGAGAUUCGCCUUCGAAUGCUUCUCGUCUCUUCUCUUUUUCUCCAGCCCUCUUUCUCCACCUCGGCGUCGCUGUCUCCUCCUCCCUCCCUCUCCGAUCUCCUUCGGUGACGAGAUCCGACUCGUUUCUCUUGGAGUUUCAUCGAUUCCUAUUGGGGAAUUGUCCCGAUGCGUUUGUGAAUCGUCGCUCUUCGACAGGAUUUGAGUUGUUCGUGCAGAAAUCGGUCCGCGACCGGGGGAAUUUUUUUAUCGGGGCGCUGUCUUUCUUCCGGAUUUAGGAAGCGGAGGAGAUGAGGGGCGUCAAUAAUAGCGUGGAGACUGUGAAUGCGGCGGCGGCGGCGGUUGUCGCUGCUGAGAGCCGUGUCCAGCAAGUGACCGUUCCGAGAAGAAGAUGGACUGCCUGGCUCAGUGUGUAUUGGUGUUUUGGAUCACAUAGAAAUGAGAAGCGCAUCAGUCAUGCUGCGCUUGUCCCUGAACCUGCAUUUCCUCGGUCUGACACUCCUGCAAUUGAGAACCUAAAUCAUCCACCUGAAGUGAGGCUUCCAUUUAUUGCACCACCUUCUUCUCCAGCUUCCUUUCUACCGUCAGGAACUCCCUCUGCCAUGCAAUCACCUGCAGCUCCUAUCUCUUUCUCCGCGCUCUCAACAAGAACCUACUCUCCAAGUGGUCCAACUUCCAUCUUUGCCAUUGGGCCUUAUGCAAACGAGACACAAUUGGUGUCACCCCCCGUCUUUUCCACUUUCACGACUGAACCUUCCACGGCUCCCUUUACACCCCCACCAGAGCCUUUGCAUCUGACCACCCCUUCUUCGCCUGAGGUACCAUUUGCCAAAUUGCUGACUUCUUCAUUUGAUGCAAAUUGCAACAAAACUAAGUCCUAUGAGUUCCCAACCUAUCAACUUUACCCUGGAAGCCCAAUAGGUCGCCUUAUAUCACCGAGUUCAGUAUGUUCUGGUCCUUCUUCACCUUUCCCUGAUCCUGAUCACCACUCAGCUGACAUCUCUUUCCAAUCAUUCCCUAUUGGUGAACCACCGAAAGUCUUGAGUUCUGAAGUGGAUGCUGCAAGAAAGCUUAUACCUAGACACACUCGAAUUGGCGGAUCACUUUUGGAUGGUCAUAUAUCAGCAGCUGAACCAGUAGUGGAAUCUGCUGUUAUGCCUAAGAACAACGAACACACAAUGGAUCAUAGAGUCUCAUUUGAUUUGACCGCUGAAGAGUUCACUCGCUGUUUAGAAAAGAAGGUAGCAAUCUCUAGUGAAGGGACUUCUGAAACCUUUACUGCAAGAACUGAUGGAGCUCUACCAAUUAAUGAAGGAGAUAACAAUAGGAGAAUCGGCAUUGAUGACACCUACCAUGACUUGCCCGAAAAAGUGCAAUCUUCUCUCAAUCUACCACCAUCUAAAGAAUUCAAAUUUGACAACUCAGAGGGGGUUUCAGAAGCACCUAAUGUUGGUUCUGAUUGGUGGGCCAACGAGAAGGUUGUCGGUGCAACAUCUGAGCAUCGGAAGAGUUGGGCUUUUAUGCCAAUGAUACAGCCAGGGGUGAGCUGAUUCUCCAUUUUACUUGUAUUUUAUGUAAAUCCAAGGGAGGAGCUUUUGGCAUCGAUAGAAAUGUCAGAAUCAAAAGCAUAUGUGAAUAUUUUUUCUUAGAUACACAACGAAGCACACUAGUAGUGUUUGACUGCCAGAUUUAAUACAGGAGAUCAUCAGCAUUGCACCCGACAGGCAAUAAAGAGAAGAUCUUGAUGCCUCUUUACAUGAACAACUGUGAUACAUUAAUAGUUUUCUUUGCUGAUUAAAUAAUCAGGAAACAAGUGUUGUUUAUAACAUAUCUUUGUUCUAGAAACACAGGUUCUGCUUCAGAACUCACUCCUCUAGGAACUUCACUACCCUGCUUCUGAUCUUGAUGUAUCUCCAGCCUGCUACUUGUUUGACUGCUGAUGUUUUCCUAUCCUUCAGGUACAUCGUCUCUUUGCAGGUAAUGAGGUCUAGGUGUAUCUUCUUCGACUGUUUUUCGGUUGGCUUUUCUGUAUAGAGUGCUUCUUUGUAAAUGUUCAAACUGGCUUGAUUGAAUUUGUAACUAAAAUUGAAAUUGAUCUCA